AUGGAAUUGAACUUAAUAAAUUUGAUCCAGUCGCUCUCUGAUACCCAAGAGCGUAACUCUCGGGGGAAAUUGGCAGAAAACCAACUCAAAGAAUGGUCCACAUUGCCAAGUUAUCACUAUCUUCUCCAAUCGGUAUAUUUGGACCUUACCAUUCCUUUACAGGUCAGAUGGUUGAGUAUUAUUCAAUUCAAGAACGGGGUUGAUAAGCAUUGGAGAUCAGUAAGGAAUGGCGGGGUGAUCAGCAAGGAGGAAAAACUGCAAAUCAUGGGGAGAUUGUUUGAGUUGAUUGAUGAAGAUAAUUCACAAAUGUUAAUACAAAAUGCCCAUGCCACUGCGAAGGUUUGCCGGUUUGAGUUUCCAAAUACCUGGCCAAACUUAUUCUCCGAUAUAGAUUCCAUGUUGUUGGAAGGGUUUCGCAACAGAAACUUUGUAAGAAUCUUCAACAUUUUGACAAUUUUGAACCAGAUCAUUAAAGCGCUAAGUCAAGUAAAGAUUGGUAGAACUAAAGCAUCGAUGCAAAUGAAGACGCCAUUAAUAACUCCAUUGAUUAUCGAAAUUUAUACGACUUUCUUUAACGAAUGGAUCAAUAAUACCGCCAAAAUUAGUGAAAUCGAUGACACUAGGAUCAUCGACAUUGAUUAUCUCUGUCUUAAGGUUCUAAGAAGAAUUAUUGUCGAUGGAUACAUGGCUCCUCACAAAGAUGAGUUAAUUAACGAUUUUUUCAACAUGAACCUCAAACAUUUUCAAAAAUUGCUUUUGGAGUAUAAAAACUUGGAAUCAUCACAAUCCUCUAAUGACCUGUUGAUUUUUGGAAAGUUGGAGAAAUUCUUGAAGUGUGAAUGCAAGUUGUAUUAUAAUUAUAUUUAUUCAAACUCGAACUCAUUUUUAUUGAUUCAUAAUUCUACCGAUAUUUUGAUGUUGCUAUUGGGAAUAUUAGAAAGUCAGGCAAGCGUGAUUUAUAACAGCAGUGAAGAGGAUGACAGUGAAAAUUUCUGGGCCACUAUAGCCAUCAAGUCUUUACUUAUAUUUAAGCAAUUGGUCAUGUUAAACAAGAAAGGAGAAACCAUUUUGUUGAAGUCAAGUAUAACUAAAGAAGAUUCUCAAAAAGCAAAUGAGAAACUUAAUACUUUUCUAACGGAUAAUUUAAUUAUCUCGUUGACCGAGUUGAUUAUCAAUUGGUAUCUAAAAUUGAGACCCGCUGCACUUGAAAAUUGGAAUGACAACCCUGAGGAAUUCAUUAAUGAAGAACUUCUUGAAAGUUGGGAGUACCAGAUCCGUCCCUGCUCUGAGAAUUUCUUCCAAACCUUGAUCACAUCAUAUAAGGAGCUCCUAGUUCCAUUCACAUUGAACAAAAUCACCGAAAUCAAUGGCAAAAUUGAAAAUGCGGGACAGGAUCUCCAAUUAAUUUUGUUGAAGGAUUCCAUAUUUGCCAUUAUUCAAUUAAGUGGGGUGGCUAUUGCUGAUAUUAUUGAUUUUGAUAUGUUCUUGACAAAUACGUUGAUUCCUUCACUAAAUUCCUCCAAUAGUAGUGUGGAGUUGAAAAUUUUGAAAAGAAGGGCUUGUUUGAUCAUAGAUGAAUGGGUUUCCAUUAAAUGCUCCAGGGAAAAUAGAAUAAAAAUUUAUGAUUUGUUGUGGAAUAUUUUACAAGACACUGAUAAAGUUUUACAAUUAUCUGUGGUGAAGACUUUGAAAAUAGUAAUUGAGGAAUGGGAUUUUAGAAAAGAGGAUUUCAAAGCAUAUUCAUCGUUUUUUGUUGAAAAAUUAAUCACUUUUCUAAAUGAAAUGGAUUUGAUAGAAUCAAAAUUGUUCAUUUUGAAUUGCUUAAACUCUCUUUUGGAAAGAAAUGGAUCGCUUAUUGAACUUAACCAAUUGAAUAAUUUAAUGGAAGCAUACCCCUCGAUAUGGAAAUAUUUUGAAGCAAAUUAUAGCGAAAGUUUGAUGAUCAAAAAUAUUUUGAUUAGAAUUUUGAAAAACUUAAUCAAAUGUUUCAAGAACUCAAAAUUAACAUCGCAUAUCAGUUUCGAAAUCAUCCAGUCAUGUUGCUCAUACGAUUCUGAGUUCUACAACGUGUUGUCUGAAGAUGGCUUCGAAUUGUGGCAAUCUGUUAUGGAAUAUUAUCCGCUUGAAAACAACGAAAACGAUCCAGUGCUCCAGGAUCUUAUUUUCAAUAAAUUCAAAUUAAUCUAUGAGCCUUUAUUGAACACAACAGAGAUCUUGCCUUUGAUUUUAUCAAUUGUCAGAAGCUAUCUCAUCAUCAUGCCAAUCCAGAUAAUCUUAUCCAACCAUGAAAUGAAUGAGCUUGUAAAAAGCGUUCUUGCUGCUGCCUCCAAGAACAUUUCAUAUAUGAGAGAUGAUUCGCUAGACCUCGUAUUGUCCAUCAUUGAUUUAUUAUUUGUUAAGACAUACGAAUUUUAUGAUUCCAAUGAACUCAAUAACUCCAAGGAUAUUGUCAAAUCGUUUUAUGAACUUAUGGUUAAUAGUGGUAUCUUUGAACAAUUGGUGAUGGUGAUAGCGGAUCAAGACCAAAAUUCGAUUUUAACCAUCAAUAAAUUGAUUUUAAUUGUUUCUAGAUUUUUCUUCAGCAACUCCAAGAUUGUUUCCGACAUACUUUGGAACGUGGUGGGUGAUGUGAAUAUUCUAAAGCAGUUUUUUAAUAGCUGGCUUAUCAAUACGGGCAAUAUCUUUGACGCUCGGAAGAAAAAGCAAAAUCUACUUGGAUUAUCUAACUUGUUAUUGAUGACAUCAAAUGAAUUUCUUCGGAACCUCAUUUAUAUCAAAGAAAAUAUCAAUCUAAUUUUUUCCAUAUGGUCUACCUAUCUUGAUGAAAUUAACGAAUCUUCACAGGGCGAUUGCAAAGCUUAUUACAAAUGCUUCAAUUACUACGAAUUCGAUUUGAUGUACCAGAAUAAUCAAGAGCUCCGUGAAAUGGAUAGCUGCUUAGAUCCAAUAGAUACUGGAAUUUAUGAAAUGGAGGAAACCAUGGAAUUUAAACGUUAUCACAAUGUUAUAGUGAAAAAUGAUCCCGUGCAUAUCGUGUGCACAAAGAAUUAUAUCAAGCAUAUUUUGAAUGAAUUAGAAAAUGAAUUCGGAAAUGAAGGAUACAGACAGAUGUUAGAAUUUGUUGAUGAAGGGUUUUUGGAAAACCUUCAAUUAAAGAUCCAAUAG